AUGAUCGAGGAUACAGUUAAAAAAGUAAAGGAGAUUCAAGUUAAAAUUCAAGCAGCGCAAGAUCGCCAAAAGAGCUACGCGGAUUUGAAGCGUAGAGAGGAGGAAUUUGAGGUCGGUGACAAAGUAUUGUUAAAGGUGUCACCAAUGAAAUGUUUAAGAGAGUAUAUCCCUGAUAAGUCACAUGUGCUACAACCUGAAACUAUUGAGUUAAAUGAAAGCUUAACUUAUGAGGAAAAACCUUUCAAGAUCCUUGACACUAAAGUGCGUAGUACACGCAAUAAGGAAGUUAAGAUUGUUAAAGUGCUAUGGUCUAACCAAGAGUAUGAGGAAGUAACAUGGGAAGAUGAGGAUGAGAUGAAAAAGAAGUAUCCCGAGUUAUUUGAGGUGCAACACGGUAAGUUGUUGGAUGUUAGGAUGGAAACAUGUUAG